UCCGAUGUGUGCAGAAAGUGAGAGGCCUGACUAUGGAGAGGUACGAAGAAGAAAGGGAAUACCUAGAUAUUCCAGAUACAGCUAUUGUGAGAGAAAUAUACGAUGGAGAGAAUGCUCACGAGGCUUUUGAAAAUGAAUUAGAAAGGGCACUUGAAGCAGCCUGUUCCACAAUAAUCAUCGAACCAUCCCGACUGGGUGAUGAAACUGCCAGGUGGAUAGCUGUGGGAAACUGCCUACAUAAAACUGCCGUUCUUGCCGGAUUUGGUUCUAUAGCUUCUGCAUUUGUCUGGCCCGACAGAUUGUACGUAUCAUGCCCAUUGGGCGCUGUAAGCCUUCUUACAGCUGGACUGUACACUGUAGCCUGGCAGUUUGAUCCAUGUUGUAAGUACCAACUUGAGAAAAACCCCGAGUCUCUCUCUAGGCUACCUUUACAUACACUAACGUCUGCUACGCCCGUAGUAUUGGUGAGACGAGAUGACACAAGAAGAAAGACUUUCCACACGUUGACCACACUGGCAGCUGUGUCGAUCUGUGCUUGGAGGCUGUACAAACUCUAUUGUCCCUGAUCUAUUUAAGUAUUAGAAGUGUAGUUUUAAGAACAAGCGUACACCUUAGAUGAAAGUUUUAUAUCCUGUUGUUACGAGAUUUAUACAGUUUAACUUUCUUUCUUUUUUUAUUCUACAUAUUUUCUCAUUUUGCUUAGAAAUUCUUGAAAAAUAAAUUUGGGUUAGAUAAGUUUUUGUUUUUUUAACAGUGAAACUCACUCUAAUGAUGCUUGUUUUUUUAAAAUUGCCACUUGUUAAGCCUAGUUUCUAUUGUGGAUGUAUUUCUAGAAUUUAAAAAUGAGUUGCUGUUUUUAUUUAUUGAGUUACAAUCUUACUAAUGUUUCUUAUUUACCACAUACAGAGGUGUUUGUUGUUAAGAAAUGACUCGUGCACUGAAGUCAGUAUAGAAAUCAAUCAUAUUUGUCAGUUCUAGUUGAUAGACGACAGUUGUAGCCUAUCAGAAACAACUUAACAAAGGUCUAGACUGGAGCCAGGUGUGGAUUUUAUAUAACUUUAUCUUUUUUUAUUCAUUGGCAUCUGUAUCUACUUGUACACUUUUUAAAGAGCCAAUAGAAACCUGGGGUGUAAAAAAGAAGUUGGGGUCGAUAUGUUACGACACAAGAAACUGUGGAUUGCAGACAAACAGAUUAGUAGUAUGGGGGAAGGAGGAGUAACUUGGUGUAAUCUGUUUUAACUCGGGGUUUUGGGUUUCUACCUACUAAGGUGGCUGUCUUACCGAACUAUGAUGCAAGACUUUUUUGGUUGCCGUUAUUGAAUGAAUAUUCAGUUAUGGCUUAGUUUGCUAUUUGAAAUUCCUGGCUACAGUAGAAAGUCAGUUAUAAAGGUGUUUAUGGAAAAAAAUAUUUUUAUAAACUUCACUUUGCCGAACUACUAUUUAUGUCAGAGAAUAAAAACAUAUUAAAGAACGCCAUCUGGAAAUGAUAAAGUUUAAUAUUAAGAUAUCACCACGAUACUGACAGUUCGUCAGAUGCCACGCUCAAGACUUCCAACGGUUUAUGGAGUAAAUUUUAAUUUAACAUUGGUACAAUGUACUGUUCGAACUUUGUGAUAUAUUUUUAUUAAAAUCCAUCACAAUUACUUAUACAACAUAUCCCAAUUUUCCGUACACCAUCAAACAAAAAAAAAUGUAUAAAAUAUUUCUAAUUGCACAACAUCCACAUGGAUAUUGAUGACAUUUUAAACAGUGAUUCAUAUUUAGUAAACUGAUAAUUCAUACCACUUAUCUUUUUACAUUGGUAUUAAAUAAUGUCUGAGCAAAAUUGAAAAGUGACAGACCACAUAUUUUACUGUUGACUUAAAUCAAACAUCCAGGAAAUGCUAUUUGUCUCCCUGAGGAAUGUAAUAAAACAUUUAUCACAAAUUUAAGUUGAUGUUUUCUCUACAGUAUGUUGUUUUAGUAACUAGUGUAGCCAAACCACUUCUGUUCCACACAGCUAGAAUAGUAGUUGUGUACAAAUACUGGAAAAUAAGCAUUUAUCGGUUUUCUUGCUGCUAAAGAAGUAGAGAUGUAAUAAUUUUCUGCUGUAUCUUUUAAAACGAGUCUUUUUUUUUGAUCUACACAGUGUCCAUUUAAUUAGUACCUGCUGAAAAAACAAGGCAGAUGGUUUUUACCUGCAGUCCGCAAGGCUUAACUUCCACUAGUACAGAGUAUUAUUCACCUUUUGAGGGAACCUCCGAAGGUAGUUCAUUUAGGGGGUUAAUUAUUAUUUAUUUUUGCCAAAAAAACCUGCACUCGGGAAUGUAACAACAGACAGCGGUAAUCAGUUUUCAGCACUAACGGAAACCAUGAAUUUUUUACUUUCAAAGCAAGACACACGAACGGUUAGUAAUAACGUUAACUAAACUGUAGUCAUGCAUAUUUACAACCACAGACCUUAAAUGGUGGAUUACAACUCUAACCACACUUUCAUUAUCAAUACACAAACAUUCGAAAACAAAGUUAAUAGGCCAGAAAUUUGUACUCAAUAAAAACCUUUUAACUUCUAAGACAUUACACACAAAAAAUGAAAUAAAAAGUUUAUAAUGCAGAGAAAACUUUGUUUUGCUCUUUCAACGCAUCUUAAUAUUCAAAAUUUAUAUAUAUAUAUUUUUUUUCUAGAAUACAUGUAGUUCUAAUCACAACCAUAAUAAGUUUGAUAUGACAUGAAUAUCUAAAAACUUUUUUUUAUUUAUCUGUUUUUGAUUUGGGAAGGGGGGGGGGGUGCCUGUUUUUUUUCGUGUUUGUAUCUGUACACAGUGCACAGAAGUGAACCUAACUAGGCCAGGAAAAAAAAA